AUCAAUUUUGCCAAAACCCUCCCCAUUGACGAAGGAAGGAGGAAGUGAGUAGCAGAAAAUGGCUGCGACUGUUCCUGUAAUUACUCGUUCUGACCAAACCUGGGAUUUUAGCUGUAAUUUGGAUGUGAAUUUUGAAUCGGAAGAACAUGCUUUGAUUGCUUAUACAUCAUUGGCUGUUGAUAAAGAGUUGCAGCCUGAUAAAGUGAGAAGAGUUAUGUCAGUAUCAAACAACAAGCUUUCUGUGCAUUUUGAAGCGAUAGAGGCAAGGCUUCUUCGUGCUUCCUUCUCUGCGUUUGUCGAUGUUCUUACCCUGGCCACAAGAACAAUUCAAGAAUUUGGGCAGAAGUAAACCAACAAGAAGAUUGUUUUUUUCUCAUUUCUCACCGAGAACUCAAAUUUACAAUGUGUUUUAGUCAGUUCACUGGUUGCUCUGAGCACAAACCUUUCGAUUUUUUUUUUUUUCACAGAUUUAUUCAAAACAAUGUAUUACUAUUAUGUAAUGUGAACUGGAUUUGAGAAGUGAAUAAAGAUGAUUACAGAUUAAA